AUGGUGGAGAAGGGUCCAUAUUAUGACGAUAAAAGAUUGCGUGAUGCUGAGUUCAAAAGCCUUGAAGGCUUACCAGUUAACAAAAAGAAGAAGGAGAAGGUUGAAUACAAGGUGAAAAGUGGGUGGAACAAAUGCUCAAUCGCAAAAUUCAUCAACACAGUAGCGAAACUUGGAGACGAAAAGAGGAUGGAUGUGACAGAUAUAGGUUUUGGCUAUUUGCUGAACCUACAAUGUGAGCAUUUGUCUACCGCACUCUUCGAUUACAUAAUUGGCCAUUUGGACAUAAAGAAACGAUGCAUUCAACUUGAAGAUAAUCAAUAUCUGCCAAUAAAUGCAAUCAAUGUCCACAAAAUCUUUGGGUUACCCGCUAGAAUCAUGGACGUUCCUACAUGUCAGCUUUUUAAAGCCAAAUGGGUAACUGAAGGUGGAUAUCGAAGUCGGCUACAAGUAAAUGAGCUGAUAAAAAGGGUAGAGCAGUGUGAGGCUGGUGAUGAUUUCAAAAGAGCGUUUAUUCUUUUUGCAUGUGCUGCGUUUCUAACGCCCAAUGGACUUUAUAGUGUGAAUGUCAAAGAAUUAAAGGCUGUGCAUAAUGUGCAUGAAAUCAAGUCGUACAACUGGUGUACGUACGUGCUUGAAACUUUGAUGGCUCACUUGGGUGAAUCUGAAGGACGUGGGAAAACAAAGCACGAGUAUAUCGGAUGCGUGCUUUUCUUGCAGUUAAUUCCUCUUAAGGCGAAUGUGUCCCAAUCUCCGUCAUCGUCGUGGUCUGGAGGUGAAAAAGACAAUGGUAGUUCUUCAGAAAGUGAGGUUGAGUGUUGCGUUAAAGAAAUUCGCAAUGAAAUGGAAAGAGAAGCAGAAAACAGGAAAAUGUUGAAGAGGGAGGUGAAGAAAAUGGAGAAAUUGGUCAGAAAAAAGUCGAAAGAGUCUGGAGGAAAACCAAGUGUUUCUACAGGAGAUGGGGGAGUGUCCGUUGAGGACAAAGAUGCGGCACUCAAUUCUGAAAAUGAAGUUGAGAGGGAAACAUUUAAAUCUCCGGUUAACAGAGGUGAAGAAGCAGAAUGUUGUGGUACAAAUCAUGGCCACUUUAGUCCUACCAGCAAAGAUAUACUGAAUAAGGAUGAGAGGACAGAGUUGAAUGACGUUGUGGGCAUGGCUUUGGAGGAGAACCUAGGAACAGCACAUAUAACUCCCAGUUCUUCAGUCAUUGAUAUUGCGUCGGAAAAUUUACAUGGUAAAGGGAAGCAUGUGGUGAAAAAAGUCAGAAGGGGUACUAGGAGCAGGAAACCCGCACCAUAUUGCUUCUCUCUAUGGGUAUUGAGAGAUAGUAAGAAAAUUAAAUUGACUCCAAAGCAGAAGAAAUUGUUUAGUUAUGCUGCUGUGCAAGCUGAUGAUCAAGAUAAAGGUGAAAUUCUGGUUUCCAUGUACGAUAUGCAUCUUACAAGGACGGACAUACACGAGUUGUUUCACCCGAACUGGAUCUCAAACUUGAUUGUCAAAUUCUGGGCAAUGCUGUUGAACGAAGACCAAGGAGGGAAUGUGAAGCACUACUAUUUUGAUAGUUGCGCUAUCCAGUUUAUGAAUCAACACAAUGUCAUUAAAUAUGACACUACAGAGAAGCGUAGGCCUUUCAUAAAAAAAAUUCUGGGAACAAUACAAACGAGUUCAUGCGUAUUACAGAAUGAGUUUGUUGCGGUUGCCCUGGGGGAAGACAACUGGCCAGCUUACAUAACAAAGACAGUCCAUAAAAUCCCUCUCCAGGAUGAUCUGAAUACUUGUGGUGUGUUAGUUAUGAGGUACAUACAGUUCUGGAAUGGCACUAACUUCAAUCAGAAAUUUUGUGUAAACUGCAAGCCAAUGCGUUCUGAGAUCCUUGUGGAACUAUCGGAUCAUCCCAGGAAUAGAGUCCGAGAGGAGUUGUAUAAGGCUGCCAAAGUUGAAGGAGAUGAUUGA